CGUUCCAAAAUGGCGGCCACUUUGACUGACCGUGCGUAAGUGACAAAUAUAGGCGUGAUAAAAAAUAUGAAAGGUGUGUCAGUGUGUAAUUGUGUGACGCCAACCGAGAUUCUGAUCUAACCAAACAAGUAUUUUAAUCGGUGAAGUGUCGUUAGUUUCCGUUUUGUUGUCUAUCUUUGCUCCUCAUUUUGGAGUCAAUUUUUGUGUCACUUAUUUUGUUUGCUUGUACCGUGUAUAGCUCGGCACUCCUGGGUGGUUUUGAGGAAGUUUCGGGACACCUGUGACACUCCCCCUGUCAGCAUUUGGAUUGAUACUGACUGGGCUUUGACUUUUACUGACGCUUGUUUCUUUUUCCUGCGUGAGAAAUUCUGUACGUUGCCCAGAUGAAAACGAAUUUGGGGUAUUCGCGCUGCCUGGAGUAACGUUGACCCAUAAUCAGUGUGUGCAUCAGAUGAAAUGUUUGCCGGCAGAAGGCGUCAUCUGUGAGGGAAUUUGCACCGUCUCAGCAUGGCAAAGACUGCCUGGCCCAAAGGCACAGUGUGUGUGGCAAGAUUUGGCUUUAAAGGCUCUUUAGAACACCACCUCCCCUUUAAUGAAGGAGAUCUCUUGACUAUCAUUGCGGGUACAGAGGAUCCAGAAUGGUGUAUAGCUAAAAAUGAAGCAGGUCGUGAAGGGGCGGUUCCCACAGGACGUAUUCAGAGAUUCUGUCACAAUGUGACAGCUGUUGAAAAUGGCAGCGAGCUGAAUCUCAUGCCAUGGUUUCACGGCAAAAUAACCCGGCUCCAGGCCGAGCGCUUGCUCUCCCCACCAGAGAUGGGCCUCUUCUUGGUGAGAGAGAGCACCAACUUCCCAGGGGACUACACACUGUGUUUGAGCACCGACGACAAGGUGGAGCACUACCGCAUAAAAUACGGCAAUGGCCAGCUUACCAUUGACCAGGAAGUGUACUUUGACAACCUGAUCCAGCUGGUGGAGCACUACAAAAGCAAAGCGGAUGGGCUGUGCACUAUUCUAAUCAAUCCAAAACUGGAGAAGGAGACGGUCGCUGUCCAAAAUGAAUUUUUGAGCGGUGGUUGGGUGAUGAACAGACAGGAACUCAAGUUACUGAAGAUCAUUGGCCGGGGAGAGUUUGGAGAGGUCUUGUUGGCUGAGUACAAAAAGACUCAAGUAGCCGUGAAGUGCCUUAAAAAUAAUACUACUGCGCAGGCCUUUAUUGCAGAGGCCUCUGUCAUGAUGAAGUUAAGCCACAAUAACUUGGUGAAGCUGCUUGGAGUGAUUUCAGAAGCGAACGGCAACUUGCUCAUUAUUACUGAAUACAUGAGAAAGGGUACCUUGGUGGACUACCUACGUUCCAGAGGACGGACAGUACUCACUCGUGUUUCUCUACUUAAUUUUGCAAUGCAUGUCUGUGAGGCCAUGGUAUAUUUGGAGACAAAUCACUUUGUCCACCGAGACCUUGCAGCACGUAACGUCCUGUUAUCAGAGGACCUCAUCGCUAAAGUCAGUGACUUUGGUUUGACUAAGAAGGUGUCUUCCCUUGAGGAUACGAACAAACUGCCAGUCAAGUGGACGUCACCAGAGGCCCUCAAAGAAAAGAAAUUCUCCACCAAAUCAGAUGUUUGGAGCUUUGGUGUUUUGCUUUGGGAGAUUUACUCAUUUGGUCGAAUGCCUUACCCGAAAAUGCAGUCCAAAUUUGUGGUGCAUCAAUUGGAGAGCGGCUACCGGAUGCCUUCUCCCGACGGGUGUCCUGAAACGCUCUAUAUCACCAUGAAGGACUGCUGGCACUUGAACCCUGAAUCUCGGCCAACUUUUAAAUUGUUGAAAGAGCGGCUGUUCGUCAUCAGAAAGGAACUCCGACAAAUAGGCACGCAGCUCUGACAAGACACAUGUACAGCACCUUCUACUUUCAUCUUAUCAUUUGACAAUCUUCACCACAUUUACACCAGUUGAGACACAUCUCUUAAGCCCCAAUGAGCCUUGUUUAUUUUCUGAUUUGAGAAAUGUCCUCUGUUCAACACUUCCUGUGUUCCUGUCUGAAUGUUUGAGUCUGUUUUGUGCCACACGAUGCAAGACUGCUUUAUUAUAUCCUGAACGCACGAGCAGAAGAGUACACAGAGCACUGCAGUGCGCCGCGUGUACCGAACAAGUGAUGAAUCAGUGACAUGUUGCUCAUGCGUCAUUCAUUGCCUGAUUCUGAAGUGCAGCGGAGCCUUUCAGGAUGAACGUGAACACGCUGUGGAGAUUUUCUCGGCUUUGGACCUUGCAAAGAUGUCGGAGUUGCUGUACACAACACCGUUGAGGGUUUACCGUGAGUCAAGUUUGUUCCAUUAUGUUUUUGGGGAAGCAUUUACAUUUUCUACAUGUUCUUUGUUUUUAAGUUAUAGUUGCGCCCGCUAUGGGCAUCAAUGUCAUUUUAAUGUGGGGCUUUUUAAUCAUUUAGAGCCCCAACUGAAUGAAUAUGAUCUUCAUACCCAUGAUAAGUGUACGUAGAAUGAAUGUGAAAGUGCAAAUCUAUAAUCUUGUUUUUGUAAUCUUACUGCAGGUGUAAAACGAACGGAAGAUGUGCGUGUUUUGAAGUUGACACAGUAUUGUUUUUUCAAGUUUUAAUAAAAUACAAAAACAGUAAA